GUCUUGAGUCUGAAUGUCUUUGUGCAUGUGAAUAUUUGCGAAACCCCUGCGAUACAGGUAUAAUUCUUUAGUGCGGAAGUCGUUUAAAAAAACAAUUUAUUUCAAAACUGUUCUAUCGCUUGUGGCUGUGUGAAUCUGCGACACAAAGUUUUUCUUCUGUAAUGUGUACUAGUGUUUUCCUAUGGUAUGAAAUAGACAGUCGUUAAUAAUGGACAGUGUAAUAUUGGAAUUGUAGCUAAAGGAAAGACUGAGAAAACAGGUAGGGAAUCAGUUGGGCAGGAGCCACAACAUUAUUCAUCUAACGAUUGCCUUUCAUACAACUGAAGCCAACAAUGGGCAUAGUCAUCACGUCAAUGGCAAAGUGGCAACAUGGUUUUAAGAAAAAACAUGGAAAAGCGAAACAUAAGAUCAAUGUUCACGUCAUCAAAACUAAAUCAUUUUAAAUACGUCGAUAUUGUCCCUUUAAACGUUCGAUUCGGGGAUAGAGUAAGUCAGCGGAAAUUUCUUUUGAUGUUCUUGUACACAUUCAAGUAUUAUGGUCUGUGUAUUGCCUGUUUCUGUACGUGCAUCUAUUUACAUAAGAACAGUAAAGUAUCACCAGUGUUGUAUACACAGCUUUAGAUGUACGAGUUUCCUCGUCUGUGGUUUGUAGAAAUAAUUAAAUAUGUAUUUCCCUGUUUAAUAACUGUAGCAGAUACAGCCCAUGUUGACGGAUUAUUGUUUAAAAGUUCUACCAAGCAACUGUAGGUCUCGGUGCCAAUGUCAAACGUUCUUUCAAAAUGAAAAUAUUCGUUUUAUUGCUUUUAUUUUAUCUUAAUUAUGUUAACAGUGAAGUCGAUAAUUGUAAUUUUGGUACUUGUGGAGAGUGUAUCAGCUAUCCUUACGAUACUUGCGUGUGGUGUAGUGAGGAUAAAAUCAUAGAUCGUAGAUGUCGCUCUUUGAAAUCAUUAAACGGUUCACAAACAUGGUGCAAGGAAAAUUCCAUGUAUAACCCAGAGCAUUUCAUAAAUGUAACUCAAGACUAUGGCUUCGAGAAAAAGAUUAAUGGGAUGAACGUUCAGUUCAGACCUCAAUAUAUAAAAAUGAAGGCGAGGCCUGGAGUCCCUCUACCCUUCAACAUGUCAUAUUUACCAGCUGUAGACUUUCCUUUAGAUGUUUACUAUCUGAUGGAUAUUUCUUUCACGAUGAAAAGCAAAGUGAAAGAUUUAAAAGACCAAGCGAAAAAGUUACAUCGAUACUUAUCAAAUUAUACAAACAAUGUCAGGAUUGGUGUUGGAAGCUUCAUAGAAAAAGCUGCUUUCCCAUUUUAUGAUCAUAAUCGUAAUCGAAACGAAAGCAGUCAUGCUUUUCAAAAUCUCGUUUCGCUUACGAAUAAUACACAAUUAUUUGAAAAAGUUGUCGCUGAUGUUACAUUUGGAUCAAACUACGACGAUCCAGAAGCUGGAUUAGACGCUCUUAUGCAAGCAAUGACAUGUAAUGAGGAAAUCGGAUGGAGAUCAGACGCCAGAAAGAUAAUAGUGUUAUGUACUGAUUCAACAUACCACAGUGCUGGUGACGGCAAAAUGGUUGGCGCCCUCAAACCAAAUGAUAUGAAAUGCCACCUCGACAACAACAAGUAUACCAUGGAGUUACAGCUGGACUACCCGUCUGUUAGCCAAAUUAAUAAAGUAGCAAAAGAGAGGAACUUUAGAAUCAUAUUUGCAGCCACAAAUAAUGUGUUAAAGGAAUAUACGGCGUUGUCAUCACAGAUAUUGGGAUCACGUUUUGCACUGCUGAAAGAAAAAUUUCACGUUAUAAGUAUAAUAAAACAAGCUUACGAUGAAGCAACAACAACUGUUCAAAUAGAUUAUAAAGUACCGCCAUUUAUUCAAAUAGAUGUGGACCAAGAUUGCAUAUCGAGACCAACCCGAAACUGCGGGAGUAGUAAAACUGAGCCGCAAGUGACGAUACCAGCUACUCUAACUGUCAAAUCAUGCCCACCAAACAAAGUAUAUAAACAUACUGUUUAUGUAGCAACUGUUGGCCUUGGCGAGAGAGUAACCAUUGAAUUGGACAUAGAUUGUGAAUGUCCAUGUGAGAAGGUUAAUUCGGGCCUAAGUCCUAAGUGCCAUAACAGCGGUGAAUAUCAAUGUGGAAUUUGUAAAUGUCGACCGGGAAGCUACGGUGACGACUGCCAAUGUACUGGCUCAUCAACGGAUCAAAAAGAUUUAGAUAAAUGUAAGUUAGACAAGAACGACGUGAAACUGUGCAGUGGAAGAGGAGCAUGCAGGUGUGGCAAAUGUGGAAAUUGUACAAGUGGGUUUUCCGGUGACUUCUGUGAAUUUGAUGAUAACUCGUGCCCCAAACCAAAUCAGCUCCUUUGUUUCAAUAAGGGCAAGUGCUACCGCGGUCAGUGCAAUUGCAUCAGUCAGUGGACUGGCAGCGACUGCAGCUGUCCACUAGAAAAAAAACACUGCAUGGCUCCUUAUUCUAAAGAGAUUUGUUCCGGGAAUGGAGCAUGUCACUGUGGAAAAUGCAUUUGUAAUCAAAUAAGUGGCAAAAAUGAAACAUACUCCGGUGUGUUCUGCGACUUCUGCGAGGACUGUGCUGAAAAACGCUGCAAACAGUUAGAAGAACACGCUUACUGUUAUCACGAGCACAUGGAUAACAAAACGCUUUGUGUUCAUGAAAAUGAUGGAAACAUCAAUGUGUUCUUGGUCAAUAAAACUGAAAUUAAUUAUGCUAAAUGGUACAUGGCCAAGUGGUGCAAAAAGGAAAUUUCAAAUGGAACCUACUUGGUGUUUAAGUACCAUUAUGAGGAUCAUCAAUUGAAUCUUGUGAUCCAGAAGGAACUUCAGACGCCCCCUGAGGCUAAUUUAUGGAUUGCUGCGGGAUCAGCAAUAGGCGUAGUGUUGCUAAUCGGAAUAUUAACCGUCAUCAUCUGGAAGAUCCUAGCCGACCUACACGAUAAGAGAGAAUACGAGAAGUUUCGAGCUGCCGCCGAAGCCGACGGAUUCGAUGUAUCGCCGAACAUCCUUUACGAACCACCAACAGCCAACUUCAAUAAUCCAACAUUUGAUCCAACUUACCGUUGAUACAAGGAAAAACCUAUUUUAUUUACAGUUCAACAAAAUAAUGUUUAAGGAAAACUGCUUUAAGUGUAACCUAGUUGAAUUCUAUUUAUUAUAUAAAAUUAAUGAUGCCUUUUGAUUUAAGCAUUGACCUGAGAUUACACUAGUUUUAUGAUAGAUCAUCUUGGAAGAUCCUAAUUGGCAUUUUCAGUGUCUCCACAAGUGUUACGUACGUUUGUCGUACUUUAAGAAGAAAUAAAAUACUUAUAUCAUU